AUGGAGAACAAGCACUUUCUCCUAAUCUGCAUGCCUGGCCAGGGCCACAUAAAUCCUAUGUUCCAACUUGGCAAGUGCCUGAUACAUGCCGGUGCCGGGAGAGUCACUUUUGCCACUACAGCACAUGGUCUCACUCAGGUUGAAGCCUUCCCUUCACUUGAAAAUUUACACUAUGCCUCUUUCUCAGAUGGUUUUGAUGAUGGUAUCAAACCCACCAACGAUCCACACCGCAUCAUGGCUGAACUCAAACGUGUUGGCUCACAAACCUUAACUGAGCUCCUCCUGUCUCUCUCCAAGGAGGGUAAUCCGGUGAGCUACCUAAUCUACACCCUUCUCCUCCCUUGGGCUGCUGAUAUUGCACGUGACAUGUCCAUCCCAUCUGCUUUCCUUUGUAUUCUGUCUACUACUGCCUUUGCUCUAUGUUACUGUUUCUUUGAAGAACGUGAUGGUGUAUAUGAUAGUAAUGACAAUAGGCCUCCAAGCUCAAUUGAAAUGCCUGGAUUGCCACUGUUCACUAGUAAAGAUAUGCCUUCCUUCCUUUUGCCCAAUGAUCCACAUGCAUCAACACUCAUCCCUAUCUUUCAACACCAUAUCCAAGCACUAGAAAAAGACUCAAACCCAUGUGUGCUACUCAACACCUCUGAUUGCGUAGAAGAAGAAGCAAUCAGACUCAUCAGUAAUCUUAACCCAAUCCCAAUCGGACCAUUAGUUUCCUAUGCAUUUUUAGAUGAAAACAACUCAACAGACUCGUCUUGUGGAAUUGACUUGUUUGAAAAAUCUGCAGAAUACAGUCAGUGGUUGAAUUCAAAACCAGAAGGGUCAGUAGUUUAUGUUUCCUUUGGGAGUCUAGCUGUGUUGCAAAGAAAUCAAAUGGAAAAGAUAUUGCUCGGUCUAACUAGUAACUGCAGGCCAUUCUUAUGGGUAAUCCGACCUUCAGGUAGUAAUGAUAGAGAGUUCGAGGAGAAGAUAAGGGACAAAGUGAAUGAAGAAGUAGGGUUGAUAGUGCCAUGGUGUUCACAAAUGGAGGUGCUCACUCACGAAUCGAUAGGCUGUUUUAUGAUGCAUUGUGGAUGGAACUCAACACUGGAGAGCCUAGCAACAGGUGUUCCUGUUGUGGGGUUCCCACAGUUCUCUGACCAGACAACAAAUGCAAAGAUGGUGGAAGAGGUGUGGAGGACCGGAGUUAGAGCAAGAGUGAAUGAAGAUGGUACUUUAGAAGCAGAAGAGAUUGCGAGGUGUUUGGACAUGGUGAUGGGAGGUGGUCAGAGAGGAGAGGAAAUAAGAAGGAAUGCUAAAAAGUGGAAAGGAUUGACUUUGGAGGCUGUGAUGGAGGGGGGUUCUUCAUAUAACAAUCUCAAUGCCUUUUUAGAAAAGAUUGAAUGA